CCACUUUCUGUGGAGUAUGUUGUGAACGACAGAGACUGAAGCCCCUGGCUAAGAGACAGUCUGGGGAUAUCAGUCUAUUUGAACUACGAAAGCGCAGCAACACCUUCGCUGGUAAAGAGACAGAAAUCGUAACUCAGGAUGCAAGAUACGGGGAAGGGACUUGCACUCAGACACACGACUCCGGGCUGGCAUCAAUUGACAUAAUUCGACACGUGCCCGCUGGACAAGGUUUCACGAUGCACGAAUCAAGUGUUCAGGCCCGACUUGAAUAGCAACUUGCAAGAAAUCCAUACUCAGUCCAGGACGAGCAUGAAAGGCCUUUCCGAUGUUAGAGCCGAACUAGUCCGCCUGCAAUCCAGUGAAUUGGAACUGCUCCAGGAGCUGUUAGAUGCCCGCAAAGCUAUAGCACCUCAGAAAGUCGUGAUCGACGAGUUGAUCAGAACCAGCACUGUGCCACCCAUCGAUCGCCUUCCAAACGAGUUGCUUGCACAGAUAUUCCUCCUCCUCGGACAUACGUUGGAAAAUCUGGCCCGCGUCUCGCGCCGUUGGAGGGCCGUGAUAGUGGACACCCCUAGUAUCUGGAGCGAGAUCUGGUUGGAAAACUACAUAACCUCGACUUUGUUGAAGCUGCACUUGGAAAGAAGUCGACAAGCCCCUCUUACAAUCUUCCUCAGAGUAUACGACCCGGAGCUAUUGGACGUUGUUGCAGCUCAUGCAGGACCGUUGGCACGCUCUUUGGAUCCUCGGCGAUACCCUGGAAUUCCUGGACAGCAUGUGCCUACCUGGGAUUGCCAUCCCUUGAGUUCCUCGUCAUAUCUCUGGAAUGGGAUUGUGCCAAAUUCCUACCUAUGAUAUACUCACGUGUCCCUGCUCUCAAGAAUCUACAGCUUCAGGGAUUGAGCGCAUCCCUCUCGGCUUCCAGUAUGACUGCUAUCCUCCUGGGUAAUAGUGCACCACACAGCGCCUUCCUGGGAAAUAUUCGUUGACCAAACUGUCGCUCUGGGGCACCACUUAUGGUUCGAAAUUUCCACGAGACAGCAUCCACUUUCCUGUUCUUGA